ACAGCAUUUCAGAGACUUUAUUUCAAUAACUAACCCUAACUUGAUGUGUGCAGAUGGCCAGCCUGAGUUGGAUCGCUGUGGUGCUGACCUUCAGUCUGUCUGUUGGAAACAAUCUGGCUGCUUUGGAUCAGAAUUACCUUACAACAAUUGUACAACAAAUCAUGAACAAGUACGGAAGAGGUGACAGGCAGUACAGUAUUGCUGUAACCGUCCCAGAGGACAAGACGAAGCUUCAUGAAGUCUUUGAUAGUGACAAAUCUACAGCUGUGAAAGAAUAUGAAAAUGGUGUUGUGUACGUAGGUACAAAUGUGGUUGCAGCAAAACCUAACUUUAUCCCGGGAAGCUAUACAGAGCAUGCAGAGGCCCGUGUGCUGGACAAAGUCCAAGAAUUAGCUAAUAAAGAAGGUUACAUCCUGAUCAUCUAUUCUUACUAUUCUCCAUGUGGUGCCAAGUGUACAGACAAAGACCACAAGUUCAACAUCUUAGACAAGAUAAAAGAUAAAGUCAAAAACAUAUGGAAGGAAUAUGCCUUUGUGUUUACUACAGUAUUCGACAGGACCAGCACAGAAGAAAAGAUCCCCAAGAAGCAAACUGAAACAGCUCUUUCUCAUCUAGCAGAAGCAAUUGGUCACGACAAAAUAUCCGCUUGUUACACAGAGAAAAAUGACUUCAUAUGUCUCAACUGCUACAACAACAAAAAAGAAGUUGCACCUGAGUGCAUUGAUAACUUUUAUUAUUAUGAUUAAUAUUAAUUAUAUAUCUGAGCCCCAACAGGGCUGUGGUAGAGUUGAUUUGGCGUAGAGGAUUCAGGUCCAACUGAUGGGGACCAGAGAAAAAUAAUAAUAAAAGAUUUAUGCUUAACUGCUAACACUUUCUCCUUUAAACUACAAGCUUAUUACAAAGACAGGCUAAGGACCCAAACACACUUGAGAUGUUUUUUGUGGUCCAGAUCAUUAAACUGCAGAGCUUAAAUCAUUCUCCUGCAUACAUACUAUGAGCUUUAUGGUUAUUGUUUACCUUCACACUGUUUUGGGGGUUGUUCCAUGUAACGGCUGUGAAUCACUGUACUACAUAUGUGUGUAAAACAUGACCAGAUCCUUCUGAAUAAAGCUUUGCUCAGCAUCUUU